AUGUUAGCACAGCUGCGAGUUCGCCAACAAGGCAUAGUUUACGAUGGAAAUCAAAAAGUGCAAAAAAAACGAAGGGUAAAGGAUAGUUCAAUUGUGGACAAUUCAAUUGGGAUGUGCCGUGCAUCCGAGACUGUCCAGCUAAAUCCAACGAAAAGUACAACGGUAUCGCACGCAAGGCGAGGCCGCCAGCAAAAGGGUGUGUCGUCAAGUUCAAGAGGUUCGGUGCAAUGCAGACCACCCUCCCUGUUAGACGAGCAGGUGUUGUCAAAGAUCAGGAGAGGUGCUCGUUUUCUUUCUAUAAUCAGUCGUUCUAUUUAUUUGAAGCUGGACUAUGGGAGCGAAGUCGAAGUAUGUGAUUGUGCAACUGGCAAGUGUCAUAACUGGAUCUACGAGAGUCUGGGUCAGAGAAAGAGCUGCGGAGAAAUUUUCAGGAAUAUUUCACGAUCCAGCAUUGUUUUCUUUUCGUUUUAUCACUUAAUAACAAAAUUCUCUUUUAUCAAUGGUCAGAUGGAACCCAUGGAAAGAGCCGAGCCUGAGGUGUUGGUAAAACCAGCCUUUGCGGAACCGAAUCUCCUAGCUAUCGUUGUUGCUGCUAUUGUUGUUUUUCUUACAGUAGCCUUCUUUUUCUAUAGAUCCUUGAAAAGUAAAGCUGACACUUUCCUGUUAGUUGGACUCAGCGAUUCCGGCAAAACCCACAUUUUUGGAAAAAUCGCUAACAAAAACAACGAGCCGGUGACCUAUACGUCAUUUCAAGAAAAUGUUUUGGAUAUUGACGUCAAAGGAC